UUAAUGAAAAGAUCAUCAGAUAACUACAUGAUCUUCUGGAAGAAGAAAGCUAGCAAUUAUCAAAAAAUUGAGACGUUUUUUAGGAACAAUGGGUCCCUAGCUCCUAAAAGAUACAACUAUUCAGGAAUCAAGAAAAUGACUAACUCAUUUAGAGACAAACUAGGCGAAGGAGGGUACGGAGGUGUUUACAAAGGUAAACUACUCGAUGGGCGUAAUGUUGCAGUGAAGGUCUUAAAAGAAGGCAAAGGUAAUGGUGAAGAAUUUAUCAAUGAGGUGGCUAGUAUUAGUAGGACUUCUCAUGUAAACAUAGUUGCUCUAUUAGGCUUCUGUUUUGAGGGCAGUAAAAGAGCUCUUGUUUAUGAGUUUAUGUCUAAUGGUUCUCUUGAGAAGUUCAUAUAUGAAAAAAGCAUGGAAACGAAUCAAAAGCUGACAUGGGAAACCUUGUACCAAAUUGCAGUGGGCAUAGCUCGAGGGUUAGAGUACUUACAUCGUGGUUGUAGCACAAGAAUUUUGCACUUUGACAUAAAACCCCAUAAUAUUCUCCUAGAUGAAGAAUUUUGUCCAAAGAUCUCUGAUUUUGGUCUUGCUAAAAUUUGCUUGAAGAAAGAGAGUAUCAUAUCAUUAAUAGGUGCACGAGGAACUAUUGGUUAUAUUGCUCCAGAAGUAGUUAGUAGAAACUUUGGAGAAGUCUCUCACAAGUCGGAUGUUUAUAGCUAUGGAAUGAUGAUUUUAGAAAUGGUUGGAGGAAGAAAAAAUGUUGACAUUGGUGUUGAUCGUACCAGUGAAAUAUAUUUUCCACACUGGAUUUACAGUCGUCUAGAACUAGAUGAAGAACUUGGACUGAAAGACAUUGAAAGUGAAGAGGAUCAAGAGUGUGCCAGGAAGAUGAUCAUGGUGAGCUUGUGGUGUAUACAGACUAAUCCUUCAGAUAGGCCAACAAUCAGCAGAGUAGUAGAUAUGUUGAAAGGGAGCAUAAGUUCUUUGCAAUUCCCACCCAAGCCUUUCCUAUCUUCUCCGAGAUCAGCCCCAAGAGAUUCUUCAUCUAUACUACUUAGCUAAAUAGGUCAUGAUGUGUUAACUGGUAAGAAAUCCCACAGUAAUAUGUUUA